AUGACGGAGCUUUCUUCUGUAGUGUCGAAGCCGCGGUGGACAGCACGCGACUCCAUGUGCUUAGGGCUCGCGGCGUUUGUGGCGAUCAAUGUGCUCAUGUGUCUGUGGGUGGCCGUGACGUCCAUGUCGACAGCUCGUCGUCAAGCUUCUGCAGUUUUUUUCGCGCUGGAAAACGCUUCAGCAAUCUCGUUUAACCUGACGCUGCAGACGACUGCGAGUGCUACGGAGCGACUCAAUGUCACCGGAAGUCUACGGCCUCGUCUCUCGGAGUGCUCGCACAGACUUCAUUUCGAUGGACGCAUGGUGGUGACUACCGCGAAUGAGAGCGAGCUGUUCGUACUGAGAAAUCAUCGCGGAUAUCGCCGCUCGUUAAGCACAAGCAACGCGAGCGCAACGUGUUUAACGACGCGGGACAUCCCACCGCUGCAUGCACUAAAGGACACUGUACACAGCGCGUUCCGACCGGAGCUAUACUCGGAAUUCGACGUACAUUGCAAGCCGCUACAGUUCACGUUUUUUGACACGCCGUUCGUGCCGACAGAUCCGGUGCUGGUGAUCCACGGCAAGCGAUCAGCGUUGGAGCUCACGGUGCUGUCGGACUCGGCAGAGUCACCGGUUGAACCGUUUGGACAGCUCGAGCAGUGCGAGUAUCUUCAGGCGCCCAUGACUUCGGGUGAAGUUUGCUCGAUUCAGCCGAGACGGUGCUUUGGUCCACACAUCGAUGCUUGCAAGAAGAGAGAGGAUUCAUGCGGCGUGCAGAGAGAUGACAAGGUGAACAAGUGCAAGUAA